AUGGCAGUGUCACGUGGGACCUGUAAGUGGUUCGACUCGAAAAAGGGUUACGGCUUCAUUACGGCCGAAGAUGGAUCAGAUCUGUUCGUUCACCAGUCGGAGAUCCGAGCAGAGGGGUUUCGGAACCUCGCCGAAGGCGAGCCUGUGGAAUUCAUCGUGCAGACGGGAAAUGACGGCCGCAAGAAAGCUGUGAACGUCACGGGACCCAACGGAUCUUGCGUGCAAGGAGAUAAUCGGCGGCAGGCAGGACGUUUUGGCGGGAAUGAUGGCGACCACGGCAGUGAAUACUCACGCAGAGGAGGUGGGACAGGCAGCUACAGCGGUGGUCACUACGGAGGCAGCUACGAACACGAGAGACAUGGCGGAGAUUUCGGCGGACGUGCAUACUGA